AUGUCACACAUUAUAACAAGAGAUAUGGACAACGAAAAAAAUUCCAACUAUUGGGAAGGUUACGCUGACUGGAGAAACCGACCGGCGAUCAGAGGCCGUCAUGGCGGGGUGGUUGCAGCCUCAUUUGUCCUCAUUGUGGAGGUCCUUGAAAACCUAGCAUACCUAGCCAAUGCAAGCAAUUUGGUUCUUUAUCUCACAAAGUAUAUGAACUUUUCGCCAUCGGCUUCGGCUAACACGGUUACAUGCUUCAUGGGCACGGCUUUUCUACUCGCACUCCUUGGCGGCUUCUUGUCCGAUUCCUACCUAACUACCUAUUGCAUCUAUGUCAUAAGUGCAAUAACACAACUUGUGGGUCUCUUGAUCCUUGCCUUGCAAGCUCACUUGUCGUCCCUACAACCGCCAGUUUGCUCGUCCCACGACCGAAAUGCCCCGUGCCGUGGGGUCGACCACAGGAAGAAGGCAGUGCUCUACGCCGGCCUCUACCUGGCGGCGCUCGGUGUAGGAGGAAUAAAGGGCUCCCUUCCCCCGCACGGGGCCCACCAGUUCGAUGAGCGCACGCAGCGCGGUCGAAAGCAGCGGUCGGCCUUCUUCAACUACUAUGUUUUUUGCCUCUCGUUUGGAGCGCUCAUCGCCGUCACGUUCGUUGUGUGGGUCGAGGACAACAUCGGGUGGCAAUGGGGUUUCGGGGCCGCAGCUGUCGCGAUUUUCAUCUCGAUACCGAUUUUCCUCCUUGGGUCGGCUACGUACCGCAUCAAAGUCCCGAGCGGGAGCCCUAUUACGACUAUAUUUAAGGUCUUGAUCUCCGCAACACGCAGCCUCCGCGCAACUCCAAGUAGUCGACCCACCCGCACCAUACCGAACACAACGUUCCUCGACCGAGCGAUAUCCGACCCGGACCCACACGACUGGCUCCACUGCACAGAAUCCCAAGUCGAGGACUCGAAAUCCGUCCUCCGAACCCUCCCUAUCUUCGCCUCGACCGUCAUGCUCAACUGCUGCCUCGCCCAGUUGUCGACCUUCUCUGUCCAACAAGCCGCCACCAUGGACACGCGCCUCGCCGGCACCACCUUUCGGGUCCCACCGGCCUCCCUCCCAGUUUUUCCCGUCCUUUUCGUUCUCAUACUCGCGCCCGUUUACAACCACGUGAUCCUCCCGUUUUUUUCCCGACGGGCCACGGGCUCCGAGCCAGGGAUAACCCACCUCCAACGCAUAGGAACGGGCCUCGUUUUCUCCGUCCUCGCCAUGGCCACCGCGGCCUUAGUCGAGACCAAGCGUAAACGGGCCGCGGCCCGUUUGGGACUUUCCGGGUCCACGGAGCCCAUCCCGAUUACGUUCCUUUGGAUGGCGCUGCAGUACCUCUUCUUGGGCUCGGCCGAUUUGUUCAGCCUCGCGGGCCAAAUGGAGUUUUUCUUCUCCGAGGCGCCGACCGGGAUGAGGUCCCUGGCGACUUCGCUAUCGUGGGCCUCGUUGGCGGUGGGCUAUUAUUUGAGCUCGGUGCUUGUGGGCCUGGUGAAUUGGGCCACGGGGGGUUUGCCUGGUGGGCCGUGGUUGCGUGGGAGUAAUUUGAACCGGUAUAGGUUGGAGCGGUUCUAUUGGCUCAUGUGUGGGCUGAGUGGGUUGAACUUGUUGCAAUACGUGUUUUGGGCGAGGAGGUAUAGGUACAGGGUGGCGGCCGGCGGCGGUGGAGGCCGGGGAGAGGAGGAGGAGGAUGAUGAGGGCGGCGCGUGA